ACUCAAGUUCAAGAAAUCUGACCGAGUGUCCUUAAUGGCUCCCGCCUUGUACUCCAUUCCUGGCUCCGUGGGAAAUAUGAGUCAUUCGAUUGUCCAGAACAGAAGCAGUCCCCACAGGAGGAGGAGAACUGCAGUCUUGGCAAAGAACGCCAUGGCUGCCGGAUGUCAGAAGCCAACUUCCUAGUACUGUCACCGAAUUUUUCGAGUCUAAAUCUUCACGAUGAUGAGCUCACUAAGCCCUAUUACUCCAUUCCCCCGCCUCACGGCUCCUUUGUGAAUCUUGCCAAAUCUGCAGGCCUAUACUGGUUGUAGGCAGAUUGUGCUUGGCAGACUUGGACAUUGGUAUCUAAGCUUUACGUUGCUUUUGUAGGGCCAUCUCCCGAAUGACACCUUCUGACCUCUCCUCACGUGGGGAUCGGCCAGACACUUUCCUACAUUGAACAGAAUAAGCCCGCAUGCAUCUUCGACAACAGUAGAGAUGUAGCUUGCUGCCACCACCCGCUACAGACUCCAGAUCUAUGAGCGGUCGGUCAAUCACCCAGCAUAAAUCCACAUCUUUCUUCCCCAGAUGAGAUGUGCCGUCAAAACACCAGGCCAAUUCUGCUUUCUGUUGCCAUCAUGCUUCUGUCAACGAUUGCCAGGCCGAGGUUGCAAUGUAGUACUCCCCUACCAGCGUUCGCGUUGUCAAAGCAAUUUCUCGGAUCUCAUCUCAGUGUACUGCAAAAGUACGUCGAUAGUAAUGUAGCAUUCGCCAUGGAAUCGGCAGAAGACGGCGGAAACUCUGUCAGCGGAUUCCAGAGACAGCUGCUGCUCGCUUUCGCUGCAGGCUGCAUUUUCAAAAGUAUGCUCGUCGUUUGUUUGCACGCUCAAGCUCAAUCAUCAGUACACUUUACGGUACGAUCUCAAGUACUCGAAAAACAAAGGCUGCUGUUGGUGGCAACUUGCGUCGGGGCUUCGCAGUACGGUUCCAAAUCAUCGGAUUCAGAUUCAGCUUCAAUCUGAGACUUGGCUUCUGAGGUUUGCAAAACGUCAACUCUUUGUCGGUGGAGAAGGGGUUCGCACUGUCUGCGCGUUCGAUGUUUUCCGGGCUUUCCUGAAGGCUUUACUGCAGAGUUCUUUGGGGUGCCUGCGGUUGCCCACUCGGAGGAAGGAUGUUGGGGAUAGUGAGGAUUUUUGAAACGACUGGCGAUGCAGUUCCAUCUCGGAGGACGUUUGCUGGACAGAGGGAGCUCAGUGUCGGAAGGGCAGCUCUUCGCAUGCCUCGCAUGAUCUUUAACAGCAUCAGCAGCUCCGUUCUCCAAGUUGAGAUGAGAUGAAAAAACUGCUCCAAUGAAGUGUGAAUUUCUGAAAGUGAAUCAGUUGGCUCCAGUGGGAUGUUACUUCAGAUUCAUAGAUUUUGGGUGACAAUAUACAAAUUGGCUCAAUUCUUCAUCGAGCUUUGGGCAGAAGAAGGGUUAAUCUAGUCUGCCUAGACUUCGAGUUCAUGGCUCCACGGGCACCGCACAUAUUUGAAGAUCUUGGUAAUGGGCUGACUCUUGAAAAUGCAUAUUAUACGAGUCAUAUUUGGAUAAUUCGUGUUACUUCUUCCUCAAUUCGUUAGUGAGAUUAUAGUGAAAUCUAGCUCACCCUUUAGUGGGUUAAGAGUUUAAACUUGAAACCUAAAUUUCUAGAAAUUUAUUUGUUUAUAUAAUGAUAUUUGG